GAACUUUUUUACUUACAAAAUUUACUAGAUGACAAAAUUCGAUGAAGCGUAUUAAAAGAUUGUCAAAACAUGCCAUCCUCAAAAUGGGAUAUUUAAAUCUAUCAUCAAUUUCUUCAUGAGACAUGAUCAUCUUUUAUUGAGUUUAUGAACAGAUUAAAUAUUUUGGGUUUUCCAAGUAAAUAACCGAGUGUAUUAUUAAAAUUAUCAAGUAAGAUGCUUCCCAAAGUGAAAGGGAAAGGUAAAGGUAAAGAACCCCCUCCGCCAGUUAAAUUAAUGGGUCCACCACUAAAACCGAAGAAACCACCGCCUCCACCUGUAUGCUUCACUAAUGAAGACCUGGUUAAGUUUAAGGAUACGUUUAAAGCACACGAUGAAGAGAAUAUUGAUAAGGUUCCCCUAGAUGCAAUUCCUUUAAUGUUACGAAAACUGGGUUUUAACCCAAAAAGUGCAGAAAUUCGUCAACUUUUCACUUUAUUUUUAGAGGAUGAAUUGGUCGACACUGUAGAGUAUCACGAGUGGUUGUUCAUGAUUGAAGCCAAGAUGAAUUGGGGAGAUGACUUUGAACUUGCUGUUACUAAAGCUUUUGCUGCAUUAGGACACGAUGAUGAUGAAACAGGAUCUGUAGAUUUCGAACUCCUCAGAGAAGCACUUAUGACAUGGGGAGAGCCAUUAACUGAAAUUGAGUUCGUUGACUGGAUUAAAUUAGCUAUAAAAGAUAAGACUUAUAAUGCAGACGAUGGGAGAUUCUGCUAUCCGAAAUUUGUAGAAAAUAUGAACAAUAAAGAUGAGAGAUAUAUUAAAGAACCGAUAAACUUCUUCAAGUUGGAUCAGAAGACAUUAGCUGCGAUGGCAUUGAAGAAAGCUCAAGAAGAAAAGGUGGAACAGGAGAAAAAAGAAGCUGAGAGACGAGCCAGAGAGGAAGUUAAGCGGCUGAAGAUGAUUGCUGAUGGAUUAUUGCCAUCGGACUGAAUUUUUAAAACUAUUUUUAAAACACUACAAGAUAUAUCAAGGUUAUACUGAAACACAAUCUAAUGGCUUUAUAAUUGUAUUUGUUGUUAUAUUAUGAAGUUAAUAGAGGCGACGAUUCUGAGGAUCCAUUUCUCUUAAUUUAAAAUUUCAAUUUGAUAUCACAGCGAAA